AUGCUAUCUAUGUUCACUGCCUGCCUUUUUGAACUAGUGUUGACAUUGCAUAGGUCACUGUUGAUUCACUGCCUUCUUUUGCUUGACUUGUUUGACCCAGAAAAAAGCAAGUAUAAUAAUCAGGACCCAAGUCCCAUUGAGUAUUUCAAAGAGACCCAUACGAACAGCAAGACUGGCAGCAUGAGCGAGCCGGCACAUCUAGCCUAUAAUGCGACUGAAAAGAAAAGGGAAACACAAUCAGAAGGUGAGCAACCAGUGUCUGAUUCAAUGAUUGUGGCUGAAGUUCUAAAGGAAGAAAGCACCCAGAGCACCUUCCUUUCCAGCAUGAGUUAUGCAUCAAGAUCCGAGAGAUCUAGGAGCUUUACUUCAUCAGCAUAG